GAUCUCCUCUUAGUUGUUAGUCUAUGAUUUCUCUAUUGUAUUCUAUUGACUGGGUAGAGAAUAGAAUCUAGAAACGUCAAGUUCCAUCUUAACCAACAAAAAAACAUCGAAUUGCGGAAAAAUUGAGACUGUUUAAACUAAUCAUUAAAUUAUUGUUAGAAAAUUCCUAUUACGAAUGACUUGAUUUGUUGCAAUGAACAACAAUUAGAGCAUUUUUAAGCAAGAUACCGCCUGAAAUAAUUAAAAUGUCUUGAUAUCUCUGAUAUCGAUUGAGUACGUGAUUGGUUAAAUUAGAAUCUAUGCAAGUAUGGCCGCCCUGCCAUCACCCACUCAGGUAGCUGGAAGCCAUCCGGAUAUUUAUGAGGCCUACUACAAACAGGUUGAUCAAAAUGGAAUCGGAAGGAUUGAGGCGAUGGAUGCCGCCAGGUUUCUCAUGAAAUCAAAACUAAGCGAUGUCAUUCUCAGCAAAAUAUGGGAUAUGGCAGAUCCUCAAUCGCGAGGAUUUUUGGACAAACCUGGAUUCUUUGUAGCCCUAAAACUUUGUGCUUUGGCACAGCAAGCAUACGAACUAAAUAUGAUUAAUAUAAAUUUGGAAAUUCUUCCUCCGAAAAUGGGAGACCUACCUAAGAUUCAACCAAUUCCACAAAAACCUGUGGUGACAACUCAGCCUCUAAUUGCUGCUGUUAGCAGUGGCGACUGGACGAUUAAACCAACAGAACGAGCCAAAUACGAUCAACUCUUCGACAGUCUUCAACCAUCAAAUGGAUAUAUUCCAGGCAAUAAAGUUAAAGGAGUUCUAAUGGACAGUAAGCUGCCUCUUGAGACCCUCGGUAAAAUCUGGGAUCUUGCAGAUAUGGAUAAAGACGGCAUGCUCGACAGGCAUGAAUUUACUGUGGCAAUGCAUUUGGUGUAUAAAGCAUUGGAAAAAUAUGCGAUUCCACACGUCUUGCCACCAGAAUUAAUGCCGCCAGGAAAGAGAAAAGAUGUGUCUGAAUCAAAGUCUCCAGCCUUACCAGUAGUCGGAGGUCCUCCACCAAUACCUCCACUUCCGAACGUUCCUUCUGUUAACAGUCUUGCGGGUUUGGAUAUUAAGGUACAGCCCGUUGUGCAGAAGUGGGUUGUGUCCGUCGAAGAUCAGGCAGCGGCCGACAAACUAUUCUUGCAAGCGGAUAUGGAUAUGGAUGGUUUUGUUUCCGGAGGAGAGAUCAAAGACAUCUUUCUUCAAAGUGGACUUCCUUCGCAUAAACUGGCACACAUUUGGACUUUAUGCGACAUCUGCCAGAGUGGUAAACUAAAUAAGGAACAGUUUGCUCUGGCUAUGUGGCUCAUCAAACAAAAACUCCACGGAGUAGAACCGCCGAACGUUCUCCCUCUUGAAAUGGUACCUCCAUCCUUGAGGAAGCCGAUGGAAAGCAUUGUGGAGAACAAUAAUAUAUCUGGAUACUCCAAUCCGGAGUUGGAUAUGAUUAGUAAAGACAUUGCUGAAUUGGUUCGCGAACGGCAGAUGAUGGAACAGGACAUUGCACAAAAGGAGGCAGACAUUAAAAUAAAGAACGGUGAAAUAAAGAGUUUGCAAAGUGAACUAGAUACUUUAGCAGCUACUUUAAAACAGUUAGAAAAUCAAAGAGGAGAGGCGCAAAAAAGAUUAAAUGAUCUAAAAGCGCAGAAAGCAGAUGUAGAUAAAGAGUUGAGUGAAAUCGAGAUCGAGAUUCAGGAUGAGCAUCAAAAGGUUGACAAAUUGAGACAACAAGCGGAAGAACAGGAGUCGGUGUUGCGAUCUCAAGAGGAGGAAUUGAAUUCCAAGCGCCAAGAAUUGGAAGGACUCAAACAUGAAGAACAGCAAUUGGAGUUGCAGCAGACAAAGAGUAGGGACCAAUUGAAUGAAUUGACGAAGAAGCUUCAGGAGGCGCAACUUCAGAUAAGUCAAGCGAAGGUUAAAAUUACUCACCUCGAGGAACAACAGAGGCAAAUGAGUGACGCGAUUGCCCUUUAUGAUUCUGCACUUGCCACUGGUGAUGCGAAUGUCGUGCCAGACACGAGUCUCCAUUACAAGCCGGAAAUUGAAGAAUUAAUACGAAAUGAAGAGGACAGUUUCGCACAAUUAAAUGGACAAAAAUCCGAGAGGCAGUCUUUCUCGAAUGUUAACGGUAUUGGAGGUGCUUUUAAUGAAGAUCCUUUCUCGUCGGAUAAAGCUAAAGACGCUUUUGGAGACAGUGAUCUGUUUGAAAAUCCUCCAGCAGCAGCAACUGGUGGAUUUACCAGUGACCCCUUCAUGGCUUUCAACAAACAAGAUUCAAUAAAGCAAGAACCUUUUGAUGCCUUUGGAGAUAAUAAAGCAAAACCAAGUGGUAAUUCGAAAGAUCCAUUCGGCGACGAUCCGUUUGCGAAUCUUUAUGCACCCACACGUUCUGAAAGUCCCAGCCCAGCUCUUCCGCCGAAGAAGGCGAAACAGAAACCUCCUAGACCUGCACCGCCACGCUCGGCUCAACCGGGCUCUGGAGUGACUGGUCCAUUGCGAGCUGCCCCCGCACCUCCUGUUCCUUCGCCUACACCCGACUUGUUCGCGAGUCAGAAACCUGACCCCUUUGCCAGUCAAUCAUUAUCCGACACUAAAAAUGGUAACACUUUCAACGCUGGAUUCGCUGAUUUUACAAAUUUCGACUCUAAGCCGGAGCCAGUUUCCAACCGAACAGAGCCACAGAGACUAAUCGGCAGACCUCGCACCACUCCAACUCCAAUAAUGCAGGACUUUAAGGAAGAUCCAUUCAAAGACUAUCGCUACGACGACCUCGACAAUCUAGAUCCCUUCAACGACGAAUUCCUCCUCUCCGGAGACUCAAAUGCCAACAAAACCUCAUCCGCCAACAGCGCCAGUAGACUAGACCCCUUUGGUUUCGACGAGAAUUCAUUCACUUCAGGGAAUUCCUUCGACAAAGCCUUCGACUCUGACUUCUCGAAAACUUUGCCCCUUCCAAAAAAUAAAAACGAAAAAGCCAAUUCCAAGUUCAGCGUCGAUUUCAACAAGGCUUUCUCCAACACCAACAAAAACCAAGGCUCGAACACAAUGCGAACAAAGUCUAAUGUGGCGUUUGCUUCCAAAAACGAUGCCAAAUCGGACAAGAAGUCUCCGUUCAAGGACAAAUCCCUGUUUGGCGACAAGAAGAAUAAAACCAACAGAGUGUGGAAUGGGGAGAAGAAGGAUUUGAACUCGGAGGAGCGGCAGAUGGCUUGGGCGUCGAGGGAGAGUUUACGGGAGGAAGACGAGAGGCGCAAGCGUCGCGAUCAGGAGGAUUUGGAACUGUCUUUAGCGUUGGAGAGGAGUAAACUUGAAACUGGAAGGUCCGGGAUCAAUUAGAUUUUGUUUCGCAGCAAAAUACAUUCAAUACAUUCAAUGUAUUUCACAGACUCGUUAUUUUUACAUGUUGUGCUUGAUCAAACGAAUUACAUGCUUUAAUCGAACUGUCGUGGUACAAGUGCUACUGUGACUUAGUUAGCUCUCUUGCACUCAUUAGUUUCUAUUUGCUUUAUAAAUAAUAAUUUAAAAGUGCAAGCACAUUGACCAUAGAAUUAAAAUUUAAAAUUAUAUAAUUAUAUACUCAGUACCGAACUCUACCAUAAGAGAGUGUACAUGCCAUGCAUAACUGUAAUCAAUCGAUUAUGUUAUUUUCUUCAAGUUAAACGAACCUUAAAACUCAAAGCCUUUGUAUUCAAUUCCUAGGGAAGAUUUCCAAGUGGAAAUUCUUUGGAAAAUUAUUUCCAAAGACGAAAUCCAUUUUUAAGGCAAUGGUUUAUGUAUUAAGAUAUAGUUAUUAAAAAACUGUUAAUUAUUUAACAAACGUUAAAUUUUAAGACAAAUUCCAGUUUAAAAAGUAAAUAUUACUAGAUAAUAAUUUUUAUUAAUUUUAAGAAUAUUUGCAGAAAAACUAAAAUGUUGUACAAAUUCAUAAUAGAUGUAUAUUUUUAUUUUUAUUUUUAUUUUUAUUUUUAUUUUCUGAACUGGAAUUCAUCUUUAUUCGUGAUUUGUAGAAAAUAUAUUUUUUUUAUAAUCUUUCUUUAAAGCUCUCCGAGAGAGAGAGAGAGGGGGUAAAAAUAUUUUUUUUUUCUUUUUCUUUUUUGUUUUAUAAUUUAUAAUUUCAUAAUACAAGACAUAAUCAUAAUUCUGAAAUUUAAAAAAUCGAAGGAAUUAAAAAUAAUUAUCUUUUCUGUGAAAGUUGUAGAUAUGCUGUAAUAGUUAAUCAGCAUUAAAUGUUCUUAGUCAAUCCAAUGUAACAAGAAAUAAACGAAAGAGAGUAAUAUUCAUUAUUAGUGAAGCGUUUAGUUUUUCAACAAUUAGACAAUAAAAUAAAGUUGACCAUUGUAUGUACCUAAUGACUCCCAGUAUCAUGAAAAGAUUAUUGUUACAAUGUAAGAUUCAUUAUGUAAACGUUAAAGAGUUAUUCUAAGGCUUUAUACAUAUUGUGUAAUGAUAAAUCCUAUUCGAUAGACAGAUAAACUCGUUCUUAAAGAUGUUGUAACUAUUGAA